UUGAGAAAAAAGGUCUAGCUAGUUUUUUAAUCUUAAAAUAAGAUAGUCGCUUUCAGGUUCAUAAUUUUAAAGUCCAUAGACUGAUGUUUCAUCCCAAUUGAAUAUAUUUUUCGACGCUUGCUUGUUACUUGGAAGAUCCAUUUAAAAAUUGCAGCUCCUUUCAUGAGAUGAUACAAGUCAGGAUGUAAGCCAAACCAAUGGUAUAACCAAGGUUUAUUCCACAUACUCAACUCAACUAAUGAUCAGAUUACAUGGUACUGAUCUUUCAAUAAUAUACCAUGGUUAGAAUAACAAAUUCAAAGAAUAGUUCAGGGUUCCCAGGUUUACAACAGUGACGUUGUCACUGUUGGCGUGCCUUUUUUAAUUAAUACUCUCUAUUCAGAUCCAACCCUGAAACAAGAAAUCUUUUGUGCAGUUUGGCCAGGUCUUCCCUUCACAUUUGCCUCCAUUUCUUCCUCCAAAUUUCCCAUUUCUUAAUCUUCCUAGUGGUCAACUUUCAUUCUUUAAUACACACCUUCACAUAUUAAUUCUAUUAUAAGAGGGUUUCACAAGCUUAGCUUGUGGUUAUUCCCCUCUCCAAACCCAAACCCCAACAUCGGCCCAUUUUAUCAUUUCUGCUGUGCAUUAAUUGUUUGCUAAGUUUCUUGUUAUGGUCGUAUAGACUUGAAGCUGAUUUCGCAGCAAGACAGGUCUAGAGUUCUGUGGAGACAUCCUCUAAAUUUUCCUCCAAGAUUUUGUGUAUCAAAGUCUGUUCACCUCUUUGGGGUAAAGAGCAGCUAUCAUGGGAACAAACACGGAAGAAGAGAUUGUAUCACGUGCAGGAUCAAAGGCCACGAUGGAAAGUCAACACAAAAAAUCCCUUUUUGCAUCUAUAACCAAACCGUCAGUAGAAAAUGGCAGACCAAGCAGCAUGGUCGUAAAGAAGGCACAUACUGUAAUUCCUGCACAUAUUAUAGCAGAAGCCAUAUCAACAAUCCGCGGUCUUGAUCUCAGAUGGUCAGGUCCAAUAACACCAACAGAAAGGCAAUAUGUUGAACAGUAUGUGUUAGCAAAGUAUCCUCAAUAUGCAGGUCUUGUUGUUGGAGAAAAGUUAGAUCUUUCUACUCUUUGUAUCAAUGAAGAGGCUUCAGAGGCUACACCUGAUGAUAAAAGAAAAUCACCUAGAAAUACUUACAGAGAGGCCUCAUCACCCUCCCUUGGAAGUCAUCUCCCUGAUUUGGACAGAACCCAGUUAGAGCCAUCAAGGCUGCUUGAUAUUCUCACCAAGAAAUCCUCAUUUCCAGGGAGUUUCGUCUCAAUACCUGAAAUUCAAGCUCAAAACAGGGUCUUGAAGCACUGUGGAUUACCUGCUGAUGAGUAUCUUGUGCUCUUCACUCCUAACUACAAAGACGCGAUGAUGUUAGUAGGCGAAAGCUACCCUUUCUUCAGAGGAAAUUUCUAUAUGAGCAUUAUUGCAGAAAAGUUGGAUUACAUACGGGAAUUUGCCACUUACAAAGAAUCAAAAGUGAUCUUGGCACCAGAGACUUGGUUGGAUUUGAGGAUCAAAGGAUCACAGCUUAGCCAGUAUUUUAGAAGGAAGUGCAAGCACAGCCCAAAAGGCCUGUUCUCUUAUCCAGCUGAUGUGAAUGGGACUCGUUACUCAAUGCAUUGGGUAUCAGAAGCUCAUCGGAACUCAUGGCAUGUCCUUCUAGAUGCAACUGCACUUGUCGUGGGGACGGACAGAAUGAGCCUUGCACUGCAUAGGCCCGACUUUGUGCUGUGCAGUCCUGACAAUAUACCGGCUAAUCCUUCAAACAUCACUUGUCUUCUUGUUAGGAAGAAAUCUUUUGAUACUUCAACAGCUUCAUCUUUAGUUCAAUGAGUACGAUGAGCUCAUCCAUAUGUGAAUACUUAAUGUGUAGAAUUGUUUAGCAACGGCUACACAUCCACUUAGAAGGAUCUUUUUCUUCUUUUUUUCCCCCAAAAAUAUCAGUGAUUGAAUUUGGUUUAUUGUAACCUCAUGCUGAAUAAUCUUUCCAUGGAUGGAUUUUGAUGAAAUACAAUCCUGUUGCAAUAUCUCAAUAAGAUUACUGCAAUUGCAGC